GGUAACAAUGUUUUACUUCCAUUUUCUAUCAUUUCGCAAACUCAAAUAAAACUAUAGCACUACGGUGGAAAAGAAUUCCUUUUGUCGGUUAAAUAUUAUUUCUUGUCGUUAGAUCAUGUGAGUGGUUCAUGUUUUGCACGUUUUACAUUUAUUUUUUGUAGUUUUAACCAGUGAUAUCAAGAAGGGCUGCAGAAUAACGAAUUGAAGACUGAACACUAAAAAUGGAAGAUGAAAAUGAAUAUAAAAAGUUACCGACGGAGGAGAAAUGUGUCCACAAACUUUGGAAGGCUCGAGUCGCCGGCUACGAGGAGGCGAGCAAACUGUUUAUACAAAUUGAUGAUGAGAAGUCACCGGAAUGGAAUAAAUAUUUAGGACUUAUCAAGAAGUUUGUAACAGACAGUAAUGCAGUAGCUCAGGAAAAAGGUCUGGAAGCUGCAUUGGUGUUUGUGGAGAACUGUGGACAUGCAGGCAAAACCACCGGAGAAGUUAUGUCUGGUAUUGUUGCUAAGUGUAUUGCCGCGCCUAAAACAAAGACAAAAGACCUUGCACUGCAGAUAACACUGAUGUAUGUAGAAAUAGAGAAGCACGAAAUUGUUGAAGAAGAAUUACUCAAAGGAAUGGAGCAGAAGAAUCCAAAAGUGGUAGCCGCCUGUGUGUCAGCUUUGAACACGGCUCUCAAAAUGUUUGGAAACAAAGUGAUUGCUAUAAAACCUAUGGUGAAAAAGAUACCAAUACUCCUUGCUGACAGAGAUAAAACUGUGAGAGAUGAAAUGAAGGCACUAGUUGUAGAAAUGCAUAGGUGGAUAGGAGCAGCAAUAGAGCCCCAUAUCGCCAGCCUCCAGGCCGUAGUGCAGCAAGAGUUGAGGGAAUCCUUUGGUGCGGGCGGAGCUCAACCUACAAGAUAUCUGAGGUCUCAACAGAACAGAGUUCGAGAUGUACCAUGCGCUGAUACUACUGAUGGUGGAACGGAUGAUCAAGACGUAGAGAAUGGCGGUGGAGAAUCAGUGGAAAUGGACCCUUACGAUCUACUGGACCCAGUGGAAAUAUUGUCAAAGUUACCAAAAGAUUUUUACGAUAAACUCGAUGCUAAAAAAUGGCAAGAACGUAAAGAAGCACUCGAUGCAUUGGAGGCUUUGCUGAAAACUGCUCCAAGGUUGGAACCUGGAGAUUACGCUGAUCUGGUCAGAGCAUUGAAGAAGGUUAUAUCAAAAGACACUAAUGUGAUGUUAGUAGCGUUAGGCGGUAGACUGAUGGGCAUGGUGGCCAGCGGCCUGCGCGCCAAGUUCGCGCCGUACGCUGUCUCUUGUGUGCAGUCUAUAUUAGAGAAAUUUAAAGAAAAGAAAACUAAUGUGGUCGCUGCACUUAGAGAAGCUAUAGACGCUAUUUACCCUUGUACAAACUUGGAAGCGAUAAUGGAGGACAUGAUAGCUGCAUUUGACAACAAGAAUCCUUCAAUAAAAGCUGAGAGUGCGUUAUUCCUGUCUCGAGCGCUCUGUCACACGCAACCUGCGGCUUUCAGCAAGAAACUUAUCAAAGCAUAUGUUGCUGGAUUACUGAAAUUACUAGAAAGUGCAGAUCCGGCAGUACGAGACGCGGCCGCAGAGGCUCUAGGGACUGCAACUAAAUUAGUAGGCGAGAAGAAUAUUGCACCACAUAUUGGUAAACUGGAUAACUUGAAAGAGCAAAAGAUAAAGGAAUUCGCUGAAAAGGCUGUAAUCCAGGUUAAAGUGGCUGCACCUAAAAAAGAGACUAAAACGAAAACUCCAGUAGCUGGUAAGGGUGAUUCUAAACCAACAGCUGGUUCAAGUCAGCCCAAACCUGUAAAGCGACCAACAACUGGAAAAAAACCACCAGCCAGUGCUAAGAAGGUCACUAAACCACAAUCCAGUCCACCGAGAGAACAGGAACUGUCUGAUGAUGAGGUUGACAUGAGAGCGGAGAAGUUGUUUGCAUCUGAAGUUCUUAGUGGCUUAGGUGACGGUAAUUGGAAGAACCGUCUCACGGCCGUCCAGAGUCUACAUUCGACUAUACAAAGUUUAUCCUCCGAUGACACUUCAGCACAAGUCCUGUACCGGGUUUUAAACAAGAAGCCAGGCCUCAAAGAUACUAAUGUACAAGUACUGAAAGCUAGAUUGGAAACCUGCAAAUAUAUUACGGAGAAUUUCCCCAUUUCCACGACAGCAGCCAAUUUCGUAUUGCAAGAUGUAGUGGUUAAACUAGGGGAGAGUUCCUGUCUAUCGAUAUCAGCAGAUUGUCUCACUUCUCUAGCCGAUGGCUGCGGAUUGGAACAUGUUCUUAAUGAAGGUCUCACAUACGCUAUGGACUCACAGAAGAACCCUAAAGUACAGUCUGAAAUGUUUAACUGGAUGGCUGGAGCUAUUAAAGAAUUCGGAUUUACUAUGAAUGUAAAAUCUAUAGUAGCACAUUCAAAGAAAGCUCUAUCAGCGACGAAUCCUAAUGUACGGACUUCGACAGUUAAUUUUCUCGGUAUACUGUCUUUGUACGUGGGUCCAUCUCUUAUUAACCACUUUGAUAGUGAGAAAGCGGCGACCAAACAACUGAUAAGUCUUGAAUUAGAUAAAUAUGCGAAUAGUUCGCCGCCGGCUCCUAGUCGACAGAUAGGCACAGUUAGUAAGUCUGCCAGCAAAGGUUCAGUCGGUGAUGAGAUAGAGGAAGGUUUCGAGGAUGCAGUGGACGAGGAGCCCGCGCCGGUGGAAGACGCACGCGCACGCACGGAUAUUGCACCACUCAUUACUGACGCCUUAGUCGCCGAGAUUAAUGAUAAGAAUUGGAAGGUACGGAAUGAAGCUCUUGAUAAAUUGAAAGCUAUAAUCACAAGCUCGUCCCCUAUAAAGCCAUCUCUGGGUGAACUCCCGCCGGCUCUAGUGGCGCGGCUACUGGACUCUAAUUCCAAGCUGGCUCAAAGCGCACUGCAUAUCUGUGAAGCACUUGCCACUGCGCUAGGAAAUAAGUCUAAACAACAUGUGAGAACAUUCUUCCCACCCUUCUUCCAAGCAUUCGGCGAUAGUAAGCAAUGGAUCCGUACAUCUGCGGUGUCGUGUGUGGAGACGUGGUGCAAGGAGGCGGGGCCGCACGCGCCCUUCGAGGGGGAGAUGGUGUUCGACGCGCUCAAGUCCGGCUCGCCCGUGCUGCGCGCCGCGCUGCUGCAGUGGCUGGCUGACCAUCUGCCUAAUGUUCCGUUGAAAUCGUUCCCCCGCGAGGAGCUGUCUCUGUGCGUGCCGGUGCUGUUCGCGUGCGUGGAGGACCGCCUGCUGAAGGAGCAGAUGACAAGCGCCGGAUUGAAUAAACAGCUUAUUGCUAACAUGUUUCAUAGUGAUUUUAGAUAUCAUUUAAAAGCAAUUGAAGCGUUAUCAGAUGAUUUACAAGAGAAUGGAUCAGCGUUGAUGGCUAAUCUAGAUCUAGUGCUCAAAUGGCUGACUCUGCGGUUCUUUGACACUAACCCGUCUGUCAUACUGAAGGGUUUGGAGUACUUGUCACUGGUGUUCCAGUAUUUAAUGGACAGUGACUAUACUAUGGCGGAGUAUGAAGCUAAUUGCUUUAUACCGUAUCUUGUUUUGAAGGUAGGAGAUCCUAAAGACACAGUGCGUAACGGCGUGAAGGCUCUGUUCAAGCAGAUAUGUGUCGUGUAUUCCGUCACCAAGCUGUUUGGAUAUCUCAUGGAAGGACUUAAAUCUAAAAACGCAAGGCAACGAGCGGAAUGUCUGGAGUGCAUCGGGCACCUGCUGGAGACGUACGGGUCGACGGUGAUGUCGGGCGGCGGCGGCGCGGCGCUGCGCGAGCUGGCGCGCCACAUCGGCGACAGGGACAACGCGGUGCGCUCCGCCGCCCUCAACUGCGUCGCCAACGCCUACUUCCUGGAGGGGGAGAAGGUCUACAAGAUGAUCGGACAGAUAUCGGAUAAAGAUCUCUCAUUGCUAGAAGAGAGGAUAAAAAGAGCAAGCAAGAGUAAGAGUGCGGAAGCAAGAAGAUCAAUGGUUGUGCCAUUGUCUGCCAGCGGGAAACCAAUACAGCCUAUGCCAGAGGAGGAGCCUCCGCGGCGUGUGAUCACAGUGGACACGGUGCCUGCGGCUGAGAGUGAGGAGGAAGACGUUGAGGAACAGCCACCUCCACCUGUCUCACAACCUGUAGUACCAACCCCGCGCGUCAUACCGGGCCCGUUCGGCUUAGACCCAGAAUUAAUCGCAAAGUUGGAUGCCUCAGUGCCUACGCCCAGGAAAGUUGACAUACCACAAGUUGACCUCAAGUUCUUAGAUGAACCAGUACCAGUGCCCCCGUAUCUGCAGAGAAGCAGUAUGGUGCCGAUGUGUGCUCCGCAACACAUGCCGUCGUACCCGGUUGUGCACGCGCAGCCCGCGCCCGCCGCGCCGCACGCGCCGCACGCGCCCCAGCUAGUCGACGACUCGCAGAUCGCUGAUAUCAUACACUCUAUCGCCAGUCCUGAUCUUAAUUUCUAUGACGCCGUGGAUUGCGGCGGGAAUGCCAACGAGGAAGCACUCAGUGAAGUGCUGAAGGAACUGCUCCGGGCGCUGGGCGGCGCUGCGGGCGACGCGGAGCGCUACGUGCGGAUAUUGAACAACGCCUGCGUUAGCGUUCUAGAACAUUCGCCAAGAACCCCGUUGCUAUGUGCAAUAGUAUCAUUACUUCACGAAUCCAUCGGCGUAUCAGACCCGGCUUUCCCACGCUACCAAGAUUUAUUACUGAAAUGUUUCUGGAAGACUCUAAAAAUGAUAGCAACAUGGGACGUGAACUCCAUAGACUACGACGCUGUACUCUACAAGAUACAUCUCUUCUAUAAAGCUUACCCUAAUAACUAUUGGAAGAAAAAUACUGAUAUCAGUGACACACCAUAUAGAACUGUAAAGACACUUGUACAUACGCUGGUGAAGAUGAAGAGCUGGGCGAUAAUAAACCAUCUUAAGCAAAUACCAGAUGUCAAUGAAUCCGACCUCCUGCCGUAUCUGUUCAAAGUAUUAAAGCAAUUGAAACAAGACGAUAAGAAGGAGAAUAUGGUUGAAUCUAUGAACGGCGCACCUAUAGGAGUGGGCAACGUGGGCAAUGUUGGUGGUGUGGGCAAUGUUGGGAACGUGGGAGGAGUGGGCAACGUGGGCGGAGUGGGCAACGUGGGCAAUGUGAGUUCCAACACUGCGCUGCACGCGGGCAGACUGCCGCGAGCGCUGCACGAGGAACUGGCGCUAAUAUUGAACAGAAUUAGUACUACGGAGCAUAAGAGAGAAGCUCUGUCACAGCUGUAUGAUCUUAGAGAGCGGCAUCCGGAAGUGGACAUCUGGACGUUUAUGAAAGGCUCCUCGUUCUACUUCCGCAACUACGUGGAGCGCGGCCUGAAGGAGGUGGCGGAGCUGCGCAAGGCGGCCACCAUGCCCGUCUACAAACAUGACUACAAAACUGAUAAUAUGGAUAUCAACAACGAGACCGAUGAAAAGUCACAUGUCGUCUUUCUAGAGAGAUUGCGAGCAUUACAGGCAAAGGCAGGUCUGAAGAUAGACUCUAGUCCGACGUCUCAGCCGCGCACGCCGGUGGGCGACAACCGCGCGCUCACCGACUCGCUGGGCGACGGCAGCUUGCCGCGCGCGCACAGCAUCGACCCGCAGCUAGAGUUACAUACAGCGCAGUCAUUUUCACAAAGGAAUGAAGCAGAUAUGGACGCGCUGCGCCUCAAGCUGCAGCAGAUCAAGAGCUCCUCAAAGAAAUAGAUCCAGACUGCGUACGAUUUUAGACCUUAUGUUAUACUAGAUAGGUGUUACCGCACUAGUUAGCUUCUAGAGGAAAUAAUCUCAUCACUGACUAUCCCGCUGGACAAUGCCGUGAUAUUUUGUGUUUGUUAGAUUUUUACAAUUUUAACGAUAGCGGUUGGAAACUAGUCAAAGAUAUCCAGAUGAGAAGCGCUGCUAUCGAUUGGUUCUAGCAAAAAAAUGUAAAACAAAAGUAGAGAUCAUGAAAUUUAACAUAGAUUUAUUAGAAUUCUGACAGUAAUGCCGAAUUUACAUCAAGUCAGUAUUAGAGUAACGCAGAUGUUGGCUUCAACCACUGGCCUACUUUACUGGAAUAAUGUAAACAUUUUAAGUCUAAAAGAAAAAGCUAUAUUUUUCAAUUAGCUGUCCAGUGUGAGGAUGUCAGUGAAUCUCCGGUGCGCUUCACCAUUUAGUUCCUACGGCAGUUUUAGUUGUAAUUGUAUGGAGUUUGUAUGGCCUAUAGUGCGGCUCGAUACGUCCCGCCCCCCUACCACGGAACGUGUUGAACAUGACAAUACGAGGAACAGUAUCGCAAUUAGCAGGGUAUAAGACGCUUUUAAAAUUAAAUCGUGAAUGACGUGGUACGGGGGGUUUAAAUAAAGGUUUUAUAUGAGAAUUGAUACGAAAUCGUUACGGUUUCUUGCCUUUUGGUAGAUAGGCUUGUCGACCAUUAAAAUUGCUGUUGACAAGUUUUUAUUCCUUGUAGAUAAUUUCGGACGUAAAAUUUGAAGCACUCGAAUGCACAUUUUUGUAGAAAUAGACAUAAAAAAUGUAUGCCCCAAUGAAUUGUUUAUUCUACACUUAUUCGACUUUAUAAUAAAAUAUCCCGCUUCGAAUCGUUACUAAAAUAGAUUCAAUUUAAACGUCAGUGAUUUUAAAUAACGACAAAAAAAAUAGUUUCAAUAAUCUAUUAUUAUGAAGAUUUUUAACGAGCGAUCAAUGUAGCCUUCUUUAAUAGAAAACUACAAUUGAUAAUUUGCAUAUUGAAUUAUUUCUAUGUUGCCUGUAAUUUUUGUUUCUAGAUUGAAUUGGACUGAUCGCGUUGACUAUUUAUUUAAUUUAAAGGUUGGCAAUCGUCUAGUAGGUUUUUAGUAAAACUUGACGCUGAGAUGAGGCCAAUUUUAGUAUUUAAUUUCCUAUAUUUUCCAUGAACUGAAUUACAAAUUGUAACCCAAACAUUCCCAUAGUAUUGGUUUUUCAAUGUACAAAUUUUUUCAAUUUCACUUCAUCUUUCACUGUCAUUAUUGCUAAGUACUUGUGUAUUGUUCAUGUUUUUUCUCAAUAUUUAUAUACUAUUUUAUCAUUAACAUGGAACAAUGCAUACGAGUUUUUUCAUAUAAAUGUUGACUGAUUUUUUUUUCGUGUGUAACAGACAAACAUCAUUGUCAAAUUUAAAAUUGAGGGUCAGCAAAUACAUUUCAGUCCAAUUUUUGUUAACACUAUGCAUACCAAAUUGUAUGUUUAAUGAAAUACAAUUUUGUAUGUUUAGUUUUAAAAAUAUAAUGCAUGUUUGAUUUUAUACCCUUUAUUUUUCAAAUAUCCUGUCGGAUCAAGAACGGUUGCGCGUGCUAUAGCUAAAAUUAUGUUCUGCACUAUAAUAAUGUUCUAAACUGAUAAGAUAAUUGAAAAAUACUAUACUAAACAAUUGUUUUUGAAAUCCAAGUUUUAUGUUUUGACCUAUAUGUUUGUUUUCUGUAAGUUUUCACUCCCGAAAGACUUGUAGAAAAAUAUCUAAACUGAGUAAUGUUUUGUGCAAGUUUGUUGGCAGUGGUAACCCAAGCCUGUAUAUAAAUGUAGUGUUUGUUUUCAUUAAAUGUGUUGUGUUUUUAACCAGUUAUCGAUGUGACGGUUCUUUUAAUCGACAUGAAUUAUAAAUUCGAUAUACCGAAUGUCUCGACCGAUUUGUUAGUACGAUGUUGACUGGUGAAGUUUUGUUACAUGUUUGUUCAGAAUGUUAAAUUUGAUAUCUAUUAAAAUGUUCACUUACAAUUGUUCUCAUACAUCGAUUAUUUUGGUAAUGUUGGUAGCAUUGAGCACUCAUUAGUAGUACGUUAAAAUUUGAAAUAAUGAAAAUAAUUGCAAUAAAUCAUACCACGGCUUUUAUAUCUCUGAAGUUAGCAAAAUAUAACGUUGGAAAUAUGUCUAUCUCUGUCCCACUUGUGUCGCAGAAAUAUGUUUGUCUCGUUCUUUUUGUUGCUUCUGAGGCUAGUUUCAUAGAUAUAAAAACCCGAGGUUGAUUGUAAUUCGUAGUUUUUAAUAUUUGUAUCAAUUUUACAGCGAUCGAAUAAACCGGAGUAUAUUUUUGGAAUGUCGAUAUUGAGGAGGUUGAUUUUAAAUGUUUGUGAUCCUUUCAAGUUUAUGUAUGUUUGCUUUUUAAUAUUAAAUAAUUACAAGCAUUUAUUUAUUAUAUGUAAAAUAAUGUACCAAAUCAUGAUAUA